GCGUUAAACGUUGCCUACAUUCAAACCGUAACGGUUUUAAUACCAAAAAAAGAAAAAAACUUCAAAAAAAAAAAAAAAACACAUAAUUCAAAAAGAUUCACGGAAAUAUAAGGAGUUUCAUGCACAAGGAUUAAAGUGCUUUAACAAAAACAAAAGGAUACAAAUAAAGAGUAGUGAGAAAAAGUGUUUAAAAAAAAAUGAAGUGUUUUUUGGUUGGUUUAUUGACUUUUGUGCUGUGCGUUCAGUUCGGUUAUGCCACCUACAAAUUGCAAGAACGUUUUAAUUGGAAGCAAUUGGAUUUUGCUUUCCCCAAUGAAAAUCUGAAACAGCAGGCUUUGGCAAGUGGUGAUUAUAUACCGCAGAAUGCUUUACCCGUUGGCGUGGAACAUUGGCAAAAUCGUUUAUUCGUGACCGUACCUCGUUGGAGAGAUGGUAUACCGGCCACAUUGACUUACAUCAAUAUGGAACACAGUGUUACCGGUUCUCCCGCUUUAAUACCCUAUCCUGACUGGCGUUCGAAUACGGCUGGUGAUUGUGCCAAUGGCAUAACUACUGCAUAUCGCAUUAAGGUUGAUGAAUGCGGUCGUCUGUGGGUUUUGGACACUGGCACCAUAGGCAUUGGCAAUACCACCACCAAUCCUUGCCCCUAUGCGGUGAAUGUAUUCGAUUUGGCCACCCACACACGCAUACGCCGCUACGAGUUGAACCCAGAGGAUACGAAUGCCAAUACAUUUAUUGCCAAUAUUGCCGUGGACAUUGGUAAGAGCUGUGACGAUGCCUUUGCUUACUUUUCGGAUGAAUUGGGCUAUGGUUUGAUCUCCUAUUCAUGGGAACAGAACAAGUCAUGGCGUUUCUCGGGUCAUUCCUACUUCUUCCCUGAUCCCUUGAGGGGCGAUUACAACAUUGCCGGCUUGAACUUCCAGUGGGGUGAAGAGGGUAUUUUCGGCAUGGCCCUGUCCCCCCUACGUUCAGAUGGCUUCCGCACCAUGUACUUCAGUCCCUUGGCCAGUCACCGUCAGUUUGCGGUGUCCACUCGUAUUCUGCGUGAUGAGAGUCGUGUGGAGGAUAGCUACCAUGAUUUCAUUGCCUUGGAUGAACGUGGUCCCAAUUCGCAUACCACCGCUCGCGUUAUGAGUGAUGAUGGUGUGGAGCUGUUCGAUUUGAUUGAUCAAAAUGCUGUGGGUUGCUGGCACUCAUCCAUGCCUUACUCUCCCCAAUUCCAUGGCAUUGUGGAUCGCGAUGAUGUAGGACUGGUCUUCCCCGCCGAUGUGAAAAUAGAUGAAAACAAAAAUGUCUGGGUUCUGUCGGAUCGUAUGCCUGUAUUUUUGCUCUCCGAAUUGGACUAUAACGACAUCAACUUCCGCAUUUACACCGCACCAUUGAGCACCCUCAUUGAGGGCACAGUAUGCGAUCAACGCACCAGUAGUGUUUAUGGACCGCCCAACUCGGUGGCAGCUGUCAAACCUCAAUUCCCUCUUUACACCAAACAAUAUUUGCCUCCUGCCCCAGCCAAACCCACAAUCAUUCAACACCAUGUGCCCAUCUCCUCAGCUCGUCCAACCUAUUUGCCUCCCUACAGCGGUUCGCAGAGAUUAAACGUUCCUAGUGCCUUUGUUUAUAAUCAGCAUAACGGCUUAAGCUAUGAAGCUUCCAAUGGACCACACCUCUUCCCAGCGAUAGCCCAUAUCCAACAGAUUCAGCACACUGCCCAACCCGAAGGUUUGGGUAGUUAUGCCACUUCACGUAAUACUCCUUGGUGGAAGCGUCAAUAAAGUCUGUCCGGACCAACAAGAGUGAUACUUAGUCUAAAUAUUUUGCCACUAUGUAUAAAGAAAUCUCCUCUCAUCAUUGUUUGCAAACCCAUGUUGUCAAUU